AGCAGUUUACAAAAGAUAGUGCUCACCUAUGUAGCGCUCGAUGCUGGUUGGUGCACAUGCACAAAUCUUAAAAGUCCGUCAGCCAAGGUACGGGUUGUAUAGAUGCAUGGAUCUUACUCUUUCUCGUGUUGCAGUUUCAAGGAAGGAUUAACAUUGAACUUGUGAUUCAUCUUUGUAAAAUGUACAUGUAUGAUUAAAUGCAAAGGAUGAAUUUCUGAACCUUGUAUUGUUUCUGGGUGUUUAAUUCAAUUUGGAAUACUAUCUUGUUUCUUCAAGCCGCAAUAUGACUGCAACCAAUAGUUGUCACAGAUUAAUGGAAAAGAUAUGAAAAACCAACCUUGUUGUCGUUCAUGAUCUUUGAAGGAUUGCUACUAAAAGUUCUCCUCAAAAUGCAGCUUGUAUAUAAUCAGGUACGGAAUAGCAUAUAAUCAAUUCCUGAUCGAUUCUGCAAUGUCUGUCGUGUCGACUAUGCACAAAGAUAUAGCUGCCUCGGUCUCAGUUACUGAUGGUACGAACUCUGUAUUAACUGAGUCAGCAACUAAGUCAACUGGCUCGACCACCAGACAUACUGAAACGAAGACCGUGAUCUCGGUGAACGGUCCAAGUGCUGUGUCAACUGCAAUAGGUUCAGUGACGUCAAUACACACAGAUGUAGGAACGACACGAACUGUCAGUAACGACGUCGUAACAUCAUCUGCGAAUAUGAAACCUAAGUUGGAAGGAACAACAAUAUCUUUCAGUAACAGCACAGGUCCAAUGUCACCCCAGCCAAACAAGAACUCAGGCCGCUUGAAGAUUUCCCUCCAGACCAUCCACCAACGUGAAGAGCUGAAGCAAGAUGGCAGCGGCAGCCAUGUUUCUCGCGAAUGUCGCAUUUACAAACGUUCAACAAGCGAGACGAGUGUCUCCUCGGGCGGAACACACGUCUCUUCCAAAGCAAUUACACAUGAGGGGUAUAUGCAAGGGAAAAACUUCCGUGAGAUUGUGGCACAAUCCACCGUUGAGAUGACGCAAGAGAUAAAAUUGAUGACGGCGGAGGACGCAGACGUACAGACAAAUGCGAUAAAGCAAUGUCACCGUAUGAUUGUUGAAGCAUGGAUGACACCACAGAUUGGACGUGAUUAUGCAUCGGCGUUGUGUGACGUCUUACGGGAUGAGGGUGCCUUGGACGUUCUCUUAGAAAAUUGCUGGUCGCCCAAUCGGGAUAUCAAAUUGGAAUCUACCCGGUUACUUGAACAGUCCCUGACUACUGAAAACCGUGACUGCGUGGUCAAAACAGGACUUGAAAAUGUUGUCAAGAUGUCAUGUGUGGUCAAAGACGAUACUGAACUUGCACGUUGCAGUACAGGGAUUCUUGAAAGUCUGUUUAAACACUCCGAGCAUACAUGUUCCCGAGUGAUACAAUUGGGGGGCUUGGAGUCUAUUUUGUACUCAUGUCGUAGCAAUGAUAAAAUUACCCAAAGACACUGUGCUAAUUCUUUGGCUAACUUGGCCAUAUACGGUGGUGCUGACAAUCAACAUGAAAUGAUUAAAGCCAAGGCACCGGAAUGGUUGUUUCCUUUAGCUUUCAGUAGUGAUGAUAGUGUGCGCUAUUAUGCCUGUUUAGCGAUCAUAACUUUAAGUGCUAACAAAGAAAUUGAAGUAGCCGUGGUGAACUCUGGGACGUUAGGCCUGGUACAGCCUUUCAUUCUGUCUCACCAGCCGGCAGACUUUGCUCACAGUGACCAUUCCCACCUCCAUGGAAGAUCGAGAGAAUGGCUCCGCAGAUUGGUCCCGGUUCUCGAAAGCAAGAGAGAGGAAGCCCAGAGCCUUGCCGCCUUCCACUUCAAUAUGGAAGCAGAAAUAAAAAAGGAGCAAGGAAAACUAGGGAUCUUCAAAGAAAUAGGCUCAAUAGAUGCGUUAAAGAGAGCUGCCAGUAGUCCAAAUGCUCUUGCCUCGAAAUUUGCUGCCCAAGCCCUGUCCAUUAUUGGAGAGGAUGUUCCAUAUAAACUCUCACAGCAAGUGCCAUUGUGGUCAGAGGAAGAUGUCCAGCAUUGGUUAAGGCGGGUUGGUUUUGGUGAAUAUGAGGAUGGGUUCAAGAAGUGUCGUGUGGAUGGUGACCUGCUGCUGAUGAUGCAAGAGGAGCAUUUGAAAGAUGAUGUCAAAAUGUCUAAUGGCCUCAUUAGGAAAAGAUUUCUAAAAGAACUGAAAAAGCUCAAAAUGACGUCUGAUUAUAAAUCCUGUGAUCCAACCCGUCUUGACACCUGGCUGAUCGACUUGGGCCAAGAGUUCAGUCAGUAUACGUACCAGAUGUUAGCCAGUGGUAUAGAUAAGAGCUUACUCGGAUAUAUCUCCGAUGAAAAUUUGAAAAAUGACUGCGGCAUCACCAACGGUGUACACAGAAUGAAAAUAAUACAAGCAAUCAAAAGGGAGAUCAGUUUGGUCUGUAGCAAGCCCCAGAUAACCCUCCCCAGGAUAGACAUACGAAGCCAGGCCUGUACUCCAACUGGUGGUUUUUCAGACACCGAUGGCCCAUCACUCAAACCAAUAGAUGUGUUUAUAAGUUACCGGCGGUCCAAUGGUUCUCAGUUAGCAAGUUUACUAAAAGUUCACCUCCAGUUAAGAGGUUUCACAGUAUUUUUGGAUAUCGAGCGAUUAACGGCUGGAAAGUUUGAUGAAAGUUUAUUGAACAGUGUUCGGAAUGCCAAACACUUCCUCCUCGUCCUAACACCGAACUCACUUGAUCGUUGCCAAGGCGAUGAGAAUCAAAAAGAUUGGGUACACAAGGAGAUUGUGACAGCCCUGGAGAGUGCCUGUAACAUUGUGCCAGUAAUGGACACCAAAUUCCAUUGGCCACCUGCUGAUAAUCUUCCAGAGGACAUGAAGGCUGUUGGAAGCUUUAACGGUAUCAUGUGGAUCCACGACUACCAGGAUGCGUGUGUCGACAAAUUGGAGCGGUUCCUGCGUGGCGACUUCCGAGGGGAUUUCAACAAAUGCACUGGAACCGGCGGACGCAUUGAGCCACCAAAAUCACUGACAAGUCCACCAACAAGUGUGUCAAAAGCCCUCCUGAGUGAGAGUAUCUCUCUAACUGAAGAUGAAGAUGUAUUUGUGUAAAGGAGAUUCUUGUCCUAGUAUAAGCACCAACGUGUAAAUGUGGUAAGUUUAUAUUUAUGUUCGGACCUGGCCGUAUGGGUGUUGCUGAGGGGGUUUGAUUCAAAUUAAAUAUGGACGAUGAGAUCUCUCAGAGUAGGUAUUUUACUUACUUAAAAUUUGUUAAAUCAAGGCGUCGUCCUUUAAGUGUGAUCUAUGACACUUUGAUACUUGGUUACUAGCUGAAAGUGCCUUUCAACAAAUUUUUGAGUGAAUCGCCCACAACCAACUGAGUCAUCACGAGCUCGUCAAUUUGAAUUUGAAUCAACUUCUGCUACAACUUUCAACUCUUAUGGGCUGGGUCCAGGUGUGACACUGGCUAUUUAGGUUCCUGGUUCAAUUGCACUCCUUGGCUUUGUAACACGAUCACUGUGUGUCUCCAGUGCAUUCUCUCUCUCUGUGUGCAGCACGUGUUGAGAUAUUUUUCUCAUCUCUAAACGAAAACUGGUACAGUAGAACAUCUUAUUGAACUCAGCUGAGUAGGGUCUCCUCUGCCGACGCCUCCAUGAUGUUACACCUACCCUAGUGGACACCUUUCCUUGGAUCACAACCACAUUCCUUUUACCUGCUACAUGUUCUGUUAGCUACAAAAUUUGCGAGCAUUUCAUUUUCACUUGAUUCGCAAAAUUAAAAUGCUUUUGCUUUAGCACUUUCCCUUUUCUCAAUGAACAUCCUACAAAUUCUAUAAAUCCCUUGUUUGAUGUCCCGGUUCAGGGUUGGUAAUGGUGUCUGGGUUGUAACAUACUUCAAUUUAUAGCAUUUACUCAGGGGUAAGGGUUAAUUUGGUAUUUUUCUUUUUGCUCAUCAAAACGUCAACAUCUUGCUUUACAAGUUCCUUUUAUGCUUUAACUAAAAUCUAAUGACCUUGCUGAAUCCUUUUCUUAACACUUGCUUUAUAAUUGUACAUUAUUAUCGAUCUUUCCAACAUCUUUUUACAAUCUGAUCCCAUUAUCAUCAUAGGUUCAAAAUCAAGAACUUGGGUGUUCACAGUACUGGGUAAUAAAUGUAUUAUUAGCCAGGAAAUAUUCUGAAUACUGAGCAUCGAUGGGAAAGAAUCGGAUUCUUCAACGAUGCAGAAUUUAAGCCUUUCCAUCGUGUUUUCAACUUUAUCAAGCCAGGAAUGGUUUCAAAGUAAUCAAGAAAAUAUAUAAGCUAGUCUUAUAUAUCUUAUAUAUGCGUAUAGGUGUAAUACUGAACUGUUCAAUUACCAUUUCUUCAGGUUUUCCAGGAGCCAGCAUCCCUUGGAUGAAGGUAGUGGUACUACAGAACAUUCCGUCUUGCUUGUUAUACUCAGGCUCUUCAGAAGAAUCUGCAUCAGUGUAUAAAUGCUAAAAGUGAUCAGCACCUGGGCCCUAAGACGCUAACCAUUCAUCAAAUGGUGUAUCUAUCAAUAACGCAUGUUUCUGCACUCGCUGCAGUAGUGUGAUGGUUUUUCAAGGCAGUCCAUAUAACAGGAACUUAUUGUAAUCCAGUUUUGAGAUGACCAGAGAAUUGAUUAACUUCUUGGCAUGAGUGAUGUUCUUUCUGCAUGCCAACAAAAAAUGCUAAAAACAUGAUAGAAUUAAGUCAUUUCAGUUUUGAAAAUAUGUUGUUGCCGGUUCUUCCUUUUUCCCAGUGUUUGAUGAACAGUAAUAGAUUAUUCAAAUGAAUCGACUUCAGUAUUAAAUGCUUCUGAUCAAAUUGUGGAUAAGUGUUGAGAUAUUUCAAAUAAUUUCAUCAUCAUCAUCUCUGCUUUUUUUCUUGAUUUUGAUGUUGUUUUUCAGGAAGCACAAGCAAAAUGUGUCAUGAAACUGAAUAAACUGUAGAUUAUGCAUUCAAUUGUUUGUAUUUAUCAUUGAUUCUGUAAUUUAUUUCUUUAAUGCUAAGACCAUAUUAUAUGAUGUACAGUUUUAAUGACCAUACUCUGCUGAAUACACCCAUUACUUUAAAGAAUAGGUUUUUGUUUGCAGUGUACAAAGUUUGUUGCUUCAACAAGUUUAUUUCAGCCCAGUAAGGUAAAUUAGAUGAAUACAGGGUGUUUCAAUGAAAAAUAGUAGGUUGUUGAACAUUGCUGCAUGUUAUUCUUCCAUGCAAUAGAUAUAGAAGUAUAUUGCAAACAUACUCUUGUCCAGCCUGGCAAUGAGUUAUCAUCAUAACAGUUUAUUUUAUUUGGGGAGGGGUCUCAUACACUUGUGUGCACUGUAUAUACAAAUGUACAAUGAAACAAAUUUAACCAUGUGGCAGUAGAGGACUCCUAUACUCCUGUUCAUGAAAAAAUGGCACUGCAUGCGAAAUGGGCAUGGCUCGGGAAAGUAGUCAGAAAUGCAGUUCAAAUGGAUCUUUCUUGGUCAUACUUGUUUCGAUUCUAGCAAAGUAAGCAUUUGCAGGUACUUUGGACUUUUGGAAGUUCCUGAUGAAACAACAUUUUUCUGUGCAAAACCACCAAAAAAGAGAGUGCCAUUUUUUUGUGAAAUAGACCAUAAAGUCGUUGUAUAUUAGGGACCGAGUGCCAUUGUCUUGCUAUGUUGACACGGGGACUGGGCGAUGAUUAGAGUGAUUUGCUAUUUAGUAAAUUAUGUAGGACAUAAUGAUGCAGGAUGUUACAUGUUGAAGAUGACAAGUUGUUAGACCUGUUGCCUGGUGGAGAGAGUUGUGCCUCCUCUCUCUCUUGAACAUGUCUGGCCCAUGCUUGAGAACCUGAGGUUUAUACAAAUGGUGAUCCCCCCCACACUCGGAACCUCGCAUACACACGUCAAAAGAAGAACUGGCUAUACUCGCGUUUUCAAGUUUUUUACCCUACUUGCCUCUCUCAACCGAGGAGUAAAUGGGUAACUAGCUUGCAGAGAUGGCAAAAUAUGAAUGUUAGUCCUGAGCGCUGUACAGCUGCAGCUCGAACCAGUGAUACUCACAUAGUGUAGAGCUUGAAUGAUGAAUGAACACUGUACAAGCCAAUAGCUAGAGGUAAUAAUGUAAAGCACUUUGAGUGACUGAAACCAGUUGGAUUUAGCACCAUAUAAAUCUCAUGAUUAUUAUUAUCAUGAUGGGAUGGAUCGAGAAAGAAUGAAUGUUUAGGCCAAACCUGUUGUACAGGGAGAAAUGUUGGUUCAUUUUGUUGAUGUCCGUGCUGCUAUAAAAUGCCACUAGUCAUAUUGAUUAUUUGUUUCCAACAUAUUCAAGAAUAUAUUGUUGAUGUAAUAAAAAA